GGACUGAUCACGGGUACCAAACAGCCGGCCUCCAGGCCCAACCGGUGGAAGGGGAAACCCUACAGCCCGGGGCAGCGAUUGGGGAGCGCAGCACGCGAGGCUUCGACGCCGUUGAGCUCGAGGCGGCCGGCUCGCGGCCCGGCCUCAGCGCCGCUGCGGCUUCGCCUGGUUCCCGCGAGCUCGGCGCGGAGGGUUGAAUGGCAAACAGAGCAAGAUGGGUGAUGAAGUAUGAAAAGGGCCUUGUUGAUAUACUUCAUGAGAACAAUAAUUCACAUUAUCGUACCCAAAAUGGAUGGAGAACAGAGGGGUGGAGGAAAAUUGUUAGGGAUUUCAACAUGAGGUACCCAGAAGCAAAGUUUAGUAAAAUGCAAAUCCAGGAACAUGAGACUCAAUUGAAGAAAGAUUACAAAUUGAUAAAAUUGAUCCUCCAGCGUGAUGGUGUUUCAUGGGACCAGAGUGCAUCCAUGAUUAGAGCGACAGAUGAAAUCUGGGAUGAGAUAAUUGAGGAUAUGCCCAAGGCACGGAAGUACCAAAGUAAGAGCUUUCCACUGCUUGACUCGCUGGAGCUGUUAUUUGAUGGCCCUAUUCCUGAAGGAGGACAAAAUUCACCUCAGAAUAUUGUUGGAAAUGUUGACGAGGGAGGCAACAACAUGAGCACAACCCCAGACAUGUCUGGAAGACCUAGUGGAACGAUUAAUGCAAACUUUGACGAGACAUGGAACAAUAUCAGCCUACUUCAACGAACGGCAUUAGGACCACAAGGUAUAGAUGAUCUUGACGUUCUGCAUAACCAUACCGAGGAGGUACUGGGACAACAACAGCAUGGCGCAGACGGAAGGCCACAGAGAGCUGAUGAACAAGCACAGUCAAGUUCCUGUGUAGAGCCGCAGAGAGACAGGCGCAAGAAGCGCAAGGUUUCAGACAUCCAGCAGAUCAUGGAGACCUAUCUAAAUUUCAGGAUGAAGCAAGCUCGCGUGAAAGAACAGAAAGCAAAGGAAGCUGAUCAGUUCACAAUCUCGAGCUGCAUCAAAGCAAUGAACACCAUGGCCGAUGUGUCUGAUGAAGUCAAGGUCUUAGCCUCUGAUGUUUUCAAGGACACCGAAAACCGGGAGAUCUUUCUCUCCUAUGAACCCAGGCUGCGCACCUUGUGGCUGAAGAGGGAAGUUGGUAGGCUGCUCACGUGAUAAAAGAUGGACUUAUUAUGGUGUUGGUUUAUCUCUAGGUGUGGUGAAGUGGCGACUUUUGCAGUUCUCAUUUAGUUUGUUAUUAUCUGUGUAUCAGCUUUAAGUCGAUUUCUGGAGGCAGAUUCUUCCUUAUCUAAACCUUUUAACUUUGACGUGCUCCUUGUACAGAGUCUCACCACGCUUCCAGAAAUGUAGGCAUUCAUGCUUAGUAAUGUGCUUCCAAAUUUUUUU